AUGGCCAUCCCGACGGCGGCCAGCGCUGGCGACGGCAGCCGCAAGCGCGCGGCGGCCCCGCGCUCCCCCAGCAGCAGCGGCAGCGGCCGUGGCGGAGGCUACGGCACCGGCGUGUUCUGCGAGUCCAAGCGCGCGGACGAGGCGCGGCCCGGGGACCCCGAGGACGACGACGACGCCAAGGACAACGACUUCUUCCUGCGGCGCGGCGCGCGCCAGCUGCAGACGCAGACGCUGCGCCUGCGCCGCAACCUGGCCUGCACCUUCAUCGUGGGCGUGGGCAUCGCCGUGCUGCUGCUCGUGUCCUACGUGCACACGGACAAGGCGCCGAGUCUGCGCGCGGAGACGGCCGAGAGCUCCAGCACGCGCCAGGAGCUGCUGAACCGCGUGCUGCAGCAGCUCCCGGCCUUGCAGACGCUCGAGACGAGGGCGUCCGCCAACGGAGAGCUCAAUACCACGCUCACCGUGGCGGAGAAGCGCGUGGACAACGGCCCCAUCGCCUUCUACACGCGCGCGUACGAGGACAGCGUGCCCGGGCCCAUCCUGCUCUUGAAGCCGGGCGACGUGCUUAAUAUUCACCUGGUGAACAACCUAGGGCCUAAUGUGCCAGGUCCGUGGAUGCCCAACACCAUGCACGAGCCGAACAACACCAAUCUGCACUUCCACGGCAUGCACGUGGACCCCACGGGCACGGAGGACAAUGUGUUCCGCAUUGUGGCUCCCGGAGAGAGCGCCGACACGCGCCUGCACGUGCCGCUCAACCACCCGAGAGGGCUGUUCCACUACCACCCGCACUUCCACGGCUCCGUGUUCCUGCAGAUGGGGGGAGGCAUGGUGGGCCCCAUUGUGGUGGAGGACGAUCCGGCCACGAUGCCCGCGGAGUACGCGGCCAUCAAGCAGAGGCACGUCGUCGUGCUGCAGGAGUUCAAGUUCAGCGGUGGCAUCCUGACGUCGCUGGCCGACGCAGCCAAGGCCUCGCACAGUACGCUGGACAUGGACCUCACGUACACUGGGAAGACGAAGCUGGACGCGCAGGUGCGCGAGCUGUAUCCAGAUGUGCAGGAAGUGGAGCGCGCGAUCAGGAACGCCAAGUUAUCGAAGGAGCUACUCGAAGAGAUGGACGCGUCCCAGGAGAAGCCUAAGAUCCCGCCGAUUGCCCAGUAUUUCUCAGUGAACGGCCAAUAUCUGCCCAAGAUCGAGGUAAGGCCUCAUGAGAACGUUCUGCUCCGUGUGCUGCACGCCGGUGGUACCGCCUCGUUGGAAGUGCAGGUGCCUGGCUGCUCCAUCAUGCUGGCGGCCAGUGACGGUCUCUACUACCCGAAGCCUCGACCGAUGGAGACCGUGGUCCUCUUGCCUGGUGCCCGAGUUGAUGUCGUCCUGAACUGCGAGCCGACGGCGGAGGGUGGCCCGGAGAUAUUGCGCCCGAUUCAAUCGGUCAAGGAUCCCAAGCUGCAUGGGUUUAUGGGCAACCACUCGGAUCUGUACUCUGGAGUACUGGCUUUUGUGCAUGUCCAGGGUGAGUCUCUGGAUGAGCCUCUAAUCACCUCUGUGCCGCCACCUUCGGAGCUGUACGGCCCGGCGAAGAGCUUGCUGGAUCUGUCUGCCGAGGACCGUUCUGGAAUGGACCCGCUGCCUUUCGAGUUCGAGUUCACGAUGGGCGACCCGGAGAUGAAGGACGGAUUCUUCUACAAGCCGUACUACAUCAACCACGCGCUGUUCGACGGCACCAGCAUUCGCACCAUGAAGCUCGGCCGUGUGCAGGAGUGGGUCAUCAUUAACAGGAGGGACGAGAGCGGCGAAGUGACGCUGAAGAACCACCCGUUCCACCUGCACACGAACGCCUUCCAGAUCGUGGACAUGAGCCACGGCCACGGCGUUGACUACGAGAUCGGCGAUUGGCGCGAUGUCAUUUCCGUUCCAACCCCCGGCAACGUCACGAUCCGCUUCCGCCCGGAGGACUAUACUGGCAUUGUUGCGGCGCAUUGCCAUAUCCUGGGUCACUCCGAUGCCGGCAUGAUUGCCGGUGUAGACAUGAUCUCCGGCGACUAAAUUACCUGUGAAUAU